ACGAGAAUCGCGUCAGACGAAGAAGUUGCAGCUCUAUCGUCGUCACACAUUUAACGCAUUUACUUUAUCUUUGUUUACGUAUUGACUACAAAAAACAACGAAAACACAAUGACCGACGAAAAAAACUCCGACUCCUUCCGUUUCUUUUCGAGUUACGACGAUUUGAGCGAUAGUAGCGGCAGCAAUGACAGCGGUGACGACGAUGAGGCAAAAGGCACGAAAAAGCCAGGGCAGAAAUCGGGUACAAAUGCUGUUGGAAACAGUGACAAGUCACCUCAACAAGGGGCCACUUCUGCCUCCAGUAUUGUCCCCUUACCCAAACCCGACGAGCUCUUCGGUUCCGUGUCCAAACCCGCUUUUUUAUACAAUCCACUGAACAAGGAGAUAGACUGGGACAGUCUUGCGGUCAAAGCUCCUGAGGAGCCUGCCAGAGAGUUUAAACCAUGGAAGACGAAUGCUGUCCCUCCUCCUCAAAGCUACACCCCAGAGCCAGAGAAGAAAAAGGGACCUCCUCCAGGGAUGGACAUGGCCAUAAAGUGGUCCAAUGUCUACGAGGACAAUGGGGAAGAUGCACCACAGCCUUACACUGGCAAUGCCCGCUUCCUACCCUCAGAGGAACAACCCUCUGACUCAGAUGAGGACACAGAUAAAGCAGCCAUGUCUGCUAAAAAACGAAGGGUGGAGACCUUCCAACAAAAGGAGAAGAGAAAGAGGGACCUGGGACAAGCCACCUCUGAUAAGAACUUUGUGGAGGAAGAGAAAAGAAUCCUCAGACAGCAGGUAGAAUGAGGCCUAAACUGUGGGGGGGUAAAAAACAUCAUUUGCAAAUUAGAAAAGUUCCUGGACAACAGUGAAAGGACUUGCUGUGUAGUGAACAUGCACAUCAGUCUUGACUAUGAUGGUCACAGUAUUGUGACUUGAAAUAUCAUGCCAGUAUUUGUUUUCAUUGAGGUUGGUACAUUUGAGAAAAUACAUAUUGUGUUUAAAAUAGAUUUUUAUCAUUAGGAUGUCAGGCAUCGAUAAAGAUAAGGAAUAUGUAGGCAUAGUCUUUCAGGUGGCAGUAGCCAUACCCCACUCCAGCAUGUACAUCUUCAAUAAUUCAUCACAGAAAGUUGAGUCAGUUCAUCUGGACAUAGUGUUUAUUGAGAGAAACGUUUCAUCGCUCAUCUAAUGCUCCUUUUUCCAUUACAUGGUACUGGCUCGAGUCAACUUGCCCUUUUUUUCGUUUUUCAUAACUGGAAAGUACUGGAAUUUUGGUAACUGUUACUACUUUGCUGGUACCACCUUUGCCAAAAAAAAAAACUGGAGCGGGUACCAAAAUCAAUGCAGACCUCUGACUGGUCAGAGAAACCCGUCAUUGCAUAAUUUUGCGUCACUGCGUCAUCAGUGUGCGCAUGGGCUAUCACCCGGCAUUUUUAAAUACAGAAGCAGUCGAAGCGGAGUUAUCUUAAAAGUACAUUUUGAAAUUGAAAACCAGGCGUCGGUAUGACGACCAGCUACACUGAUGAGGUACUGUUACGGUAAUGGAAAACGACACAGAAGUGAGUCGAGUUGAGCCGGUACCAUGUAGUGGAAAAGGGGCAUAAGUAACCUCUGCAGUCUCAACUGACUGCAGGUAUCUCC